UAUUGGCCGAGGAGUUCAGUGGCGCGGGUUUUGCUGCCGCGCGCGCCGAGCGAAGGCCGUUGCGCGUCUGAGGGGAAUCGAGCAGUCCGGUCGCGGCCAUGUUCUGCGAGAAAGCGACCGAGCUCAUCCGGGAGCUCCACCGCGCCAGCGACGGGCAGCUUCCUUCCUUCAAUGAGGAUGGAAUCAGACAAGUACUUGAGGAGAUGAAAGCAUUAUAUGAACAUAACCAAACUGAUGUAAAUGAAGCUAAAUCAGGACACAGUGAGCUGAUUCCAACAAUCAAGUUUCGCCACUGCUCUCUGCUGAGAAAUCGCCGAUGUAUUGUUGCAUACCUGUAUGACCGCUUACUUCGCAUCCGGGCGCUUAGGUGGGAAUAUGGUAGUGUGCUGCCAAAUGCUGUCCGAUUUCACAUGUCGACUGAUGAAGUGGUGUGGUUCAACCAGUAUAAAAAGUCUUUGGCUACCUAUAUGAGAUCUUUAGGAGGAGGAGACGGGCUGGACCUCACACAGGACAUUCAGCCCCCCAAAAGUUUGUACAUUGAAGUUCGGUGUUUGAAAGAUUAUGGAGAAUUUGAGAUUGAUGAUGGCACAACAAUUCUGUUGAAGAAGAACAGCCAGCAUUUUUUACCACGCUGGAAAUGCGAGCAGUUAAUCAGGCAAGGAAUUUUGGAACACGUCCUUUCUUAACUUGCUGUUCGCAAGACUGAUUUAAGUACCUAUAAACAUUUUAGCAGAUUUUAAAUGGGGUAAGUAUAGAAACAUGCCACAGUGUCUUGUGUUUUUGAAAAAAAAAAUGCAGAGACUUAGUUACUGUUGUGGGAACUGCAUGGAUACUUAGUGAAGAGGAGAAAGAAGAAGAUACGAUCAACAAUUUUAAAAUAUCUCUAUCCCAAAACAAGUGGAAUUUCUUUUAAGCUCAUAGCUUGCCUUCACUUCUGGACACAUUUUGAAGUAUCAUGUUUUCAUUCGCUGGCCUUUUUGUAUGAACCAGACAUCGUCUUACUGUAAAUGUCAUGCUUAGAAGAAAGCCACAUUUGUACUAUUAAGUGUGUGCAUUGUUAAAAGACCUCUGAAACGAUGUAACGAUAAAGUUACUCGAGUGAUACAGGUUAAGUUGCAGGUUCUAACACUUGUGUUUUCUCUCUAAGCUUUUAUGCUAUAGUACUCAUUGAGCAGGGCCUUGAAGUAGAUGAACUGCAAGGCUCCUUCCAACUCACAGAACAGAGGUGGGCUAAGUUUUAUAUGGCCUGAGGCCUUGACCAGCAUUCAAGUGGCUGCAGGCCAGCAGUGGGCAUGACCAUUCCACAUGCACACAGAUGCCCACUUUCUACAACUGAUUUGUGCAAAUUGGCGGGGACAAACUUAUCACCCCCUCUCCACUCAUCAAAACAUCUAUUUGAUGACUGGGAAGGAGGUGAUUUGCAUCCUGCUCUAGCUACCACCCACCUCGAUUCUGUGUCCAUUAUAAAUAAAUAAAUAAAUGGUUCUAUUGUCAAGCUGUUUCUUGUAAGAUGUUCAAUAAAAAUGUUUGGCACUUGCACCUUAAGCCUGUUAGCUCUAGUCCUGUCCACUGGAGCAGCAGAGAACAUA